CCUUGAGAUGAAUACUCAACUGAUAACUUAGCCCAAACUGAAAAAGAAACUUUUUAGAUUACAAGAUAAACUUUAAAGAAAUGGCAGCUGAAGCAGGACUAGUGACAGCCUUCAAGGACACCAUAUUAACCUGUAGCAUCUGCCUGGAGGAGUAUGAUGACCCCAGGGUGCUUCCCUGCUACCAUACCUUCUGUUUUCUCUGCCUGAGUGACCACGCCCAGAGAACAGGAGGAGUGAAACGGUCAUUUCUCUGUCCUUUGUGCAGGGAGGAAUAUAAAUUUCCAGAAGAAGGCCUCGAUAAGUUCAAGAAGAACUUUGUUCUGGGAAAAGCACUAGAACUGUUGAAAUCUCAAGGUCAAGGUGAGCCUCAGAAUGAUAUGGCACAGGUAUCAGACACAAGCUCCUCUGACGUUGCACGUGCGGCACUUAAAGAUGUGGCUGAACAAAGCCUUGUCACCUGUGAAAAGCAUCCUCCAAAUGAGCUGAAAUAUUACUGUGAGGAUGACGAUAUGGUGGUCUGCGCAGACUGUAGUGCGACUGAACACUACAGACACGGCAUCAUUCCUCUCAGAGACAAAGCUGUGGCCAACAAGGAGCGGAUUAAGCAAGUUCUCACUCGAGCCCUUCAGAAAAUGAACCAAUGUGAGGAGGCAACUCAGUUAGCAGCAGCAAACACCUCCUAUAGGGACGCUGACGCAGCCAUCACUGCCAUCAAGCACCAAAUGCAGCUUCUCUUCAACGUCAUUCGCCGACAAGGAGAAAAACUGAUUACUGACGUUACCAAGGCUCAUUCACAGAGGAUGAAAAAUAAUGAAACGUUGCAGGACGUACUAGAGCUCCACCACGUCACCUUGCAAAGUGCCUGCAAUUUUGCUCAGCAACUCGUCUUGAGUGGAUCCGACUCUGACAUUAUGACACACACAGAGUCACUUGUGGAGCGACUAGAAACACUAGAAAGGGUGCCACUUCCGAACCCAUCCGAGGACAGCCCAGAUCCACUCUAUUUCAUCCCUGGUAACAUAUCAGGAGAUGGCUUGGAUGGCAUGCUAGGAAGAUUGUCCUUUCAGGCUGAUUACAGUUUGCCAACAGAUUCUGCUGCUGCUGUUUUACCACCAGGUGACAGUACCAUCAGUGAGUCAAGAGAAGCCACACCAACAGUUGAGGCUCCUUUGGACUUCUUAGAGCCUGCAAAAUUUGUCCAUUCCCUCAGUGUCAAAUUCAAGGAUGACCGCAGCGAUGUCAAAGUGACCGGAAUGGCCCUCGACAAUGAGCACAUGUACUUCUUGGAUGCAGGCAACAACAAAAUCAAGCUGUACACACAUUUUUGGGAGUUUGAAUACGUCAUCAACCUCAAUGAAGAACCAGAGGAUCUGGUCGUGUCAGAAAACGGGGACAUGUAUGUGACGUCGCUGGCAGAGAAAUGCAUCAGUGUUUACACACCACGAGGGUUCCCAAAAAUGCCCCCCUUUGGUCGUGACAGGCUAGAAGCACCCCAUGGUAUCACCAUGAACAGGGAAGGAGAGCUUAUGGUAUGUGAUGCCAUAAAGAAGGCCAUCUUCAUCUUCGAUCCCGACGAUGGAGACCUUCUCAAUGUCAUCAAAAUUGGAAUGUGUAAAGAACCACGUUCCAUUGCAUUUGGCCGACAGUACAGCACCAUAGUGGUUUGUGAUUAUGGCAGUUAUCGUAUCCAUAUCCUCUCUUCAGUGGGCCACACGCUGUACACCUAUGGCACUUACGGAUGUGGCGACGGCCAGUUGUAUGAACCGCGCGGUGUCUGCACAGAUAAAUAUGGCUACACCUUUGUGGCUGACUGGGCCAACAACAGAGUUGCGAUGAUAACUCCCAGAGGUGACCAUGCCCGAUACAUUGCAACAGAGGAUGAUGGGAUAACCAAGCCAUACGCCUUGGGAAUGACCAAAAGCGGGGAAAUAAUGAUUGGAGAAGGUGGAUAUAGAAUAAGAGGUUUUCGCUAUUUGAAGAAGACAGGAAAAAGGGUUUCAUCAGCCAAAUCCCAGAGGUGAUGGAAGUGCAUAAAGUACCCUGGAUAUGACUGAAAACAAAAUCGAACAAAUCAAAACUUGAACAAUGUCUUAUGAUGAAAUUCUAUGAAGUUUCUUUGAUGUGCUCCUGGACCAGCUUGUACUAAUAUAACUUCACUUACAAAGAAAUUGAAUUUUAUUUUGCUAUGUAAUUAAGUUCUUAGCCAGGGAACCUGACUUAAGACUCUUAGAAGUUUGAACAGUACUGUUGAAUAAUUUUUAUUACCU